ACUCGCGUGGCUCGCGUGAAUUCUCCUAGUUUUAGGUUAUGUUUUAUUGUUUUUCUCGAUCUUUACGUUAAAAAUGAGUUUCUUAAAAGUCAAAUAAAUGAGAAAAGUCGACAAGAAUGUUUCAAUCUGAAGAUUGGGAAAUCGGAGAGGAUUUUCUCGACGAUUUUCUCCCGGAAGACGAGCAGCUCAAGAAAAAAACAGAAUCCGGUGAAGAGGAAAAUUCUCCAAAAAAACAAGAAGAAAAUUCAGAUGAAUCGUUAUUACCUGCUCCCAAAGAAAAAAGGCUGGACCCGAAAACCGAAACGAAAGAUUCUUCUCGAAGAAAAAAAAUACUUCAAUUAUGUGCCGCUUCCAAGAUUAAAAAUUUCGAAACCUCAGAUCAAGAAAAUCCUCAAAGUUUAACUAAAAAUCUUGAAAAUGCCGAAACUUCAAAUACAAAAAUCCACGGAACGUCCGAAUCCAGACAACCAGAAGAACCAAAAUCCCCUGAAAUAUUGAGAGAACCAAACCGAGAAGAAGCGCGAACAAAUCUAAUUAAUAAUAUUUUAAAAAGAUUCAAAAAACCAGAAUCCGACAAAGAAGAUUCUGCCGAAAAACAAAAAGAUUUAUCUCGGGAUAAUUUGAUAAACAGUAUUUUGAAAAAGAGUGCCGAAUGUUCUCAAAAUUUGAGCGCGACUCAAGAAAUUCGCGAACCCGAGGUAUUCAAUAUUCCGAGUCCCCAGGUUGAUAAUUUCCCAAAACCGAGAAGAAAUGUCAGCUUUUCGAACGAAAUUGACGAAAAGGCGGAAAGAAGGAAGAAAUGGAUUUUGGAGACUUUGAAAAAAGGAUCUAAAAAUGAUUCUAGAACUGAAAAUGUUUCUAGAACCGAAAAUGAUUCUAGAACUGAAAAUGAUUCUAGAACUGAAAAUGUUUCUAGAACCGAAAAUGAUUCUAGAACUGAAAAUUAUUCUAGAACUGAAAAUGUUUCUAGAACCGAAAAUGUUUCUAGAACCGAAAAUGAUUCUAGAACCGAAAAUGAUUCUAGAACUGAAAAUGUUUCUAGAACCGAAAAUGUUUCUAGAACUGAAAAUUAUUCCAGAACUAAAAAUGCUUCUAGAUCCAAACACAACGAGUCGACUGCCAGUAAUGAUUCGAGGUCAAAAAACGAUUCAAAAUCGUCAACGACGAAGCAAGUGAUAACUCGCAAAUUUCCAGGACCCGCGGGUUUAUUACCGGAUGAUGUUGACCUCUCGAAAUUUCCAAUGGCCUACCUAAGUAGCUUUGAAGAAAGCGAGAACGAUCGUGUAAUAAACGAGUCUCGAAUUUCCGAAUUUUGCUCGCAGAAUACAAAAAAUCUUUUUACGGGCGGCGCCUGGCAGACGAUGAUCGAUGAUCUUCCUCCGGAUUUUCUCCAAGGACGCGAGAUUUCAAUGAUAAAAUACAAUGCGGCAAAAGGUCUCUAUAAAAUUGAGAAAGUUCCCUUAAUGGCUGGAAUUUUGCACAAUAUUGAUUCGAAUUGGGUCGAGAAUCCGAUGGUGAUUUUGAAGGAUUCGACGGAUCAGAUUGAAGCGAGUUUUCAUUUGAAUAUUUUUAAUAUUUACCCGAACAAAAUUGAACAGGGCAAUGUGAUUUUAUUCAAGGAUGUGGGAAUUAUUUCGUCGAGGCUUUAUGUUUACGCUUUAAUUCACCCGGAUGAUGUUGUCGCGAUUUAUAAUGAAAAACGGAGGAUUGUCACUACAGAGUUUAUGAAAGAGAUUUUGAAAGAGGAAGAGAAAAGAGUGAGAAAAAAUGAGAAAAAUCGAGAGGAGUCGAGAGAGAAAGAGAGUUCUUUCAGUCCGAAUUUGGGAAUUGAUGUAUCGUUCAGGAGAGAGGAAAGGAAUUUUAGGAAUGAAAAUGAAGAAGCAAAUGAAGAAACUGAAAUCGAGCCGGAAACUGAGAGACCAGUGAUAAUUGCUCGUAGCGAUUCAAUCGAGAAUCCUAAACCGGGCCCAAGUAAAGUCAGAAGACCAGCGACUCCUCCAAAUCCAAAUCCAAUGGAAACAGAAGAUUUUUCACAAAUUUUAAAUGACGAUGACGCGUUUUUCUCGAUAAAUAUGGAAGAAAUUACAGCUUCUCAAGGUCCAAAACACUUUGCCAGCUCUACGUUAAUUGGGAGUCAAAUUAUUCCAGACGAAAAGAAAAAUAGUCCGAAGAAAAGUAAACAGAGUCUUCAAAAAAGGGAAAAAACACCAGCCAAGAAAAAAUGCAUUCUUAGGAAUGAUACACCAAAAAAAUCUUUGCCUGUCAGAGAUUUUUUAAAACAAUUUAGAAGUAAAGAUGUUUUGACACAACCGGACCUAAAUAUUGAAGAUGAAGAAAGCCGGGGAAAAAAUGAGAAAUUUGAGGAUAAAAUAGGGGCAGAAAAUAAACCUGAGACUUCCAAUUUUGCAGAUUUAUUGGAAAGUGAUGAUGAUUUGGAUGACGAAAUACCGAUGGAUGUCGAUUCUGUUCUUGAAAAAUCCGUGAAACUUGUAAGAGAAUCUGAUAAAAAUUCAGUGGAAAAUAGAGAAAUAGGGGAAAAACCUAACCAAAAUGUCUUCGAAGAUCCACUUGAUGAAAUGUUAUCGCAAAUGGACAUGGACGCUUUUAAUUGUGAUGAAUAAAAAAUCGAAAUUCCUGGAAUUAUUUACUCCAAGUAGGUGAUUUGUAUUCAAGUAUUUCCGAUAUCUAUAAUUUAUUUUUAAAAACACGGAAAUUAUGUUUAUUUUUUGUUGUUACAAUCAUCAAUCCCGUGUUUCCUAUUUUAUUAUAAAAAAUAUUUAAUGUAUCGAAUUAUGUUGUGAGCAUCAAAAACAUGAAAUAUUUUCUUUAAAAUCUCUGUGAUGAGAAAAAGCGGAUAUUUUUUUCCUGCGAAAUAAAUUGGAUAAUUUAUUUU